UCCAUCGUCGGAAAUUGGACCGAUGCCGCGACUGAUACGCUCGGCAAAAUCGUAAACGUGACGUUUAUGAUGAUCGACGUUUCGAUUUACGAGACCGUUUGCUCGUUGCCCGCAUUAGUCGGCAACGCGCGCGCUUCCAAUUGAAGGCGACAGUAACGAUCGCGCCACGUGUCGGCGCGAAUUGGCCUUGUUGCUUAAAACGCCCCGUCGUAGAAUUUGUUACGAGGCCUGAAAAAUAGAUGCCCCGCGAUGGAUAGAUACGCACGCGAAUUGCAGCAGAUUGGUUGAAAUUGAACGAGUAGAUAUUAAAAGCGACACGUGGGAGUCGGAUAACCACCAGCCGGCUGGUUAAACAUUCAAAGGGCCCGACGACGUGACCCCUCAUAAAAUGAAGUGCGCUUUCAAUGUUGCAUCGAUCGCGGUUAUUGCAGUUUAAGUUCCAAGUGUUAAAUUCUCCGGGGGACUUUGGCUAAACUUUACGCGAACACCCAUCGUUCGCGUAGUCUUCGGAUGGCAACGUAUUAUUUACGCGAAACCAGAUGGCCCAUUAGCUCUUGCUCAUAUUUGGAUAAAUCUAUAUCAAUCCUACCAAUUUUCGCCCCUCUAUAUGAAUAUUCGAAAAGUGGUCAUUAGGACACAGUCAAAGGUCGGCGUUCAUAGUCGGUUUCCGAGUUGAAAUUUUGAUCCUACUUUUCACCUCAAUAUUUCCACUUGACGUUUGCUUUGAUGCUUUGAAGUCUGUAUCAACUUCUUUGAUUCUAUUUAGCCUGCUAAGUUUGCCCUCCGAUCCUCUUUGGAAUCUACAAGUGGCAUUUUGUAUGUCUUCUGCCAUUUUGUGGACCUAAACAGGACUUUAGUCUGUAUAUGUAUUAACCUUCUGAAGCACAAGAUCUUCAAAAUUCGGAUUCUAAUAAAAAUAUUCGUGACACAUGUCUAAAAAAAUGACACAAUCCAAGAGAUAAUUCUUUCUGAAGUUAAUUUUUUCUAUUUUCCUAUUUUUACCAAAACCGCGAGUAAACUAGAACGAACAGUACGAGUAAAAAACCGGUAGAGCGCGUCACUAUGCACAGACUGAGCGGUGAUUUCAUUGCGAGGUCACUAUGCCUGAAGCUGUGAUUUGGUUCUAAUAAGUGAUCUCACAGUGAGACCAUUGUACUCCAAAGGAUUAAGCACACACUGAUCCUUCAGAAUAUACAGAUAUUAGAAAGUUUAAAUCGAAAAUAAGGGAAAAAUUUCGAUUCACACAGGUUCUUAUAUCAGUAUCAAUAUUUCUUCAGCUUAUAUAGUCGAUAUAGAGGAUUUGAUUUACAAUUUUAUUCCUUAACUACAUAUAUUCAUUUAUUAUUUAUUUCUACCUAUCUGAUUACUAAUAUCCCUACAGUUACAUUGCCUCUCUCUAGUUCACUUUGUGAUAUCAUCCUCGUUACCUAAAUAUUCUUGUAGUCUUCUUUCACAAUCUUCUUAAUUUUUACUUAAUCUUUACACUGCCUAUAUCUUCCUCCGUAUCUAUCGUGUAUAAUUACACUUCCUUAUUUCACUCAAAGAGUGAAUUCAUAUCGUUCUCAUAUACAAUACUUCAAACUUCGUCCUUCCCUUCGGCUGUACGCACCUAUUCAUUUAUCUUUCCUCUUCCUAUCCGAUCUCUUCACUACUCUCUUUAUUUUCUCCUCAUCUCCUGUCUUUUCCUCCAAUUUUCUCCCAUAUCUUGUUAGUUUCGUUACUCCACUCUAUACUUCCUACUAAUUCCAUGAAGUGGUGAUCCUUCUGCCUUUUUUUCACUUCCCAUAUGUUUCGUUCAACUUAUAUCGCCAAGAAGGAGUUUCUUAUAUUCCAUAACCUUUCUCUUAUUCUUUACAUUUCAUUCUACUUACUUGCACAGUAUCUGUCCUACCAGUCCUGGGCAUCUUUCUUCUGUACAUCUUUUUGCUUCCUUAUCCCAUCCGAUGACUAAACCUUAAAAUAAAGCCGGACGCAAUAUGAAUGUCAGCCUGAGAACUUUCUUCCCAAUUAAUAAGAAAAAAUAGCCUGCAGAGUAAUUCAUAUUGCACACAUACCCACCAGAUAAUAUAUAAGAAAAUUAUAAGAAAAAGAAGAAUAAUAUAUAAAAAUAUAUAAAAUCAAAUUUCCGCGUUCAGAAGAGAACAAGGGAGAUCGAGUUCCUCGAAGUGUAAAGAGAACUUUUCCAAGUUUAUCCAGUUUGUGUAAUUUCACGCUGGAGAUACAUUUAAUUCUCGCGCAUCGAUGUUUAUUCUCAGCUCCUUGGAGUUUAAAUAUUAUCGUAUUAUUUAUCCGUCGCGCGACUCGGGAAGGAUAAGACACUGGAAGUUCGCCAGGACACGCGGAGUCCUUCGGCCCGCCGCGGCCCUUCGCUCCUCGUAGGGUGCCUCUCGUAUCCUGCUACUACGUGCUACACCCAGCGAUAGUCUAUCAAGAGAAACGAGGUAUGACAAUGGUGGGGGCGAGCCGCGUGAAUCAAUCGAAUCGCUCAACGUCGAGUUUCGUUGGCUCGCUCGUCUCUUGUCAUGCUUCCGCUUGUCGGCGUUUUUCACGUGCCGUGCCGUGGCUUGGUGUGGCGCGAUGUCAGAUCCGAAUGGGAGCAUUUACUGCGCCCAGCAGAUAAACGUACCGCCGACGUUUCCGCAUGUGCUCAAGCUCUACGCGAAGGCCGCGAUUCGCACGCAGCCCAGCGAUCUCCUGCGAUGGACCGGCGCGUAUUUCCGCGCCUUGGCGAACGGCGAGCGGCCGCCGGUGAAGGAGAGGCUGGAGUAUCCGCCCUUCGCUCACCCCACGGGCAUCACGCCUGGUUACCUGAAGACCCUGCUCAACAGAUUCGGUCGUGCGAACAAGAUCCGUCUGAGAGCUCUCUUGGACGACUGGCGAGGGCUGGAUCUGCCGGAGACGAGCCUCUACCGAAUCCUCGUGACGGCCGAUUUGCCGGUGCACGGCGGGCACUAUGACUUCUAUCGAUUCCUCGCGGUCGCCUGCGGAUUUUUCGGGAACACUCUACUCGAGACGAUGAUAUACGUGUGCGAGUUACUGACGCACGAGCCGGAAGGCGGCUCGGCCAUGAUACCCCUGAGGAUUUUCUUGGAUCUCUACGGCUACCUCGCGGAUCUCGAUUGCAGCGGCCAACGUCACCUGCGGGAGUAUCUCCUCCUCGUGGUCGGUCGAAGUGGCGAUCCGUUGCCGCCGCCGCGCGACGCGACGUCCGUCUCAGAGCUGUCGUCCGGCCCGAUCGAUCCGGUCGCCGCAGCUUGCAGCUGCGAGUUCGCAGAGGAGAAGACCGCCGUUGAUGCAUCCGAGUUUAACUGGGAGGGCGAAGAGGAGUUCAUAGGGGAAGCGGAGGCGAUCGACUACGAGACACCUACUUCGAUCGAUCCUGAAAGCUCGGGGAAGUCCUGCGAAUGCAGGCCCGAAGAGCCUGAGAGCGACCAGGCGCCGACGCCACCGCCCGAUCCGCUGCAUGACUUCCUGCAGAGGAUGCGAGCGGAGGUGGAGGCGGGUCGUCUGGAAACGAUUUUCCGUUUGCCCGGAAUCGGCCCGCCGGUCUCGCCGGAACGUGUAACGGCCGUCGGACUGUGGCUGGCCGACUGCGCUCGUCGUCAGGAGGGUCUGGUCGGGCCGCGAAACAUCCGACACUUUCUCUGUCCGAGUCUCCACGACGUCGCGGAGUGCGAUUGCCCAUAAAAUAAAAGUUUUGCUCUUUAAAUACGAAUAUUUUUAAACUUUCGACACAUAAAAUACAUGUCUACGAGUCGCAGUAACCAUUUAAACUGAAAUAUCUUGAUAACUGCAGUAUUUUUUAAAUAAGAAACAAAGGUGAUUUUCAGAUAUUCUUUUAGAGCGUUUUUUGUAGUGGUAACGCUUUUUUCAAAGUAGAGUAAUUUUGAAGAUCUCUGAAGGUCAACUUUGCUUUUUGCUGCGAAGAUAUUGCAGGUGGCAAUAGUUAUUGCGUCUCACCCUAUGUGUAUGUAUAAUUUCAAUUUAUAUAUAUAUGUAUUUUUUUUUAUUAUAUUAUAAUUUUAUAUAGUAAGUAACGUAUACGUAUCGCGCUUGUUAUUCCGCUUCAGCUGUUUACACAGAGUAGCGGUAGGACAGGCUCUGUGUGUAAAAGAAAUGGCUUACUUCUUAGCAACGAUGAGUAAACAGCUGAUUUCGAAACGAAGUAACAAGCGAUACGUAUACAUUAUUUACUAUAUAAAAUUAUAAUAUAAUAAAUAAAAUAUAUAUA